GUUGCGCGAACGGGACGUAUCUCGCGUCUUCUCCUAGUUGGCCGUUUCCGUCCCGUCCGGAGCUGACUCCGCCAUAGCUCCAGUUCGCCGGUUCCUGUGGAUUGAGUUCGUGGAUUCGCUGCCGUGCCGAAUCGUUGAGGCACGUUGCUUGCGCCGCGAGUUCCGUUUGGACGCGCGCGACGACAACCAUACCGGAUCGUACGAAGCCCAAGACCUGAAGACCCUCGACAUCCAGACUAUUCCAGACUGUUCCAGACCGUUGGCGCGUGACACCCUCCUCAGUGUUCUAGCAACUUCCCAGCCCUUCGCAUCGUAUCUCCUCCUGCCGACCAACAACGGCCGUGGAAUGUAUACGAACGGGUACUCGCAAAAUCACAAUUUCAGACCUAAAGGGACUCGAGAUCAUGCCAACCGCAAUGGAGGAGUUGGUGGAACUUAUUGGAACAGUCAGCAACAGACUCAAAAGGAUUACGGUGUAAAGAAGCAAAAUCAUAAGAAAACUCCAGGCGAUUUACUGAAGAAGCCUACGUGGGACGUGGGAAAAUUGCCCGUAAUAGCAAAGAAUUUAUACGUUCCCCACAUCAAUAUCGUGAACAGAUCACCUGACGAGAUCAACAAAUAUCAUGCGGGCAAGGAGAUCACUGUAGCGGGCAAUAAUACGCCUUCUCCCAUUCAAGCCUUCGAAGAGAGCAACUUUCCAGACUAUGUGAUGGAAGAGAUCAGGAAGCAAGGCUUCGCCGAGCCCACUGCGAUUCAAGCUCAGGGCUGGCCGAUCGCACUCAGCGGACGAGAUUUAGUUGGAAUCGCUCAAACUGGUUCCGGGAAAACUUUAGCGUAUAUCCUUCCGGCAACGGUGCACAUCAACCAUCAGCCUCGCCUCAGCCGUGGCGACGGACCAAUUGUUCUGAUUCUCGCUCCCACGCGCGAAUUGGCUCAACAAAUCCAAACGGUCGCACGUGAUUUUGGCUCGUCCUCGUGCAUCCGCAACACUUGCAUCUUUGGAGGCUCGCCGAAGGGACCUCAAGCUCGCGAUCUUGAACGCGGAGUGGAAAUCUGUAUCGCGACACCCGGUAGACUGAUUGAUUUCCUCGAGAAAGGUACCACAAAUCUGCGUAGGUGCACAUAUCUGGUUUUGGACGAGGCUGAUCGAAUGCUGGAUAUGGGUUUCGAGCCACAGAUACGCAAAAUCAUCGAGCAGAUUCGACCUGAUCGGCAGGUACUCAUGUGGUCCGCCACUUGGCCCAAAGAAGUGCAGGCCCUCGCCGAAGACUUUCUCACUGAUUAUAUCCAGAUCAAUAUCGGGUCUCUAACUUUGGCAGCCAACCACAACAUUCGGCAAAUUAUUGAGAUCUGUCAGGAACACGAGAAGGAAACGAAAUUGUCGCAAUUGCUGCGCGAAAUUGCAUCCGAACGUUGCAACAAGAUGAUCAUUUUCGUGGAGACAAAGAAGAAAGUGGAUGAUAUCACGAAGGCAAUUAAACGCGAAGGCUGGUCCGCGAUCUCGAUUCACGGUGACAAAUCGCAGCCGGAGCGCGAUUAUGUUCUAUCAGAAUUUCGCAAUGGGAAGACUAUGAUCUUGGUCGCGACAGAUGUGGCUGCGCGUGGCUUGGAUGUCGAGGACGUCAAGUACGUCAUCAAUUUUGAUUAUCCCAACAGCUCCGAGGACUACAUCCACAGGAUCGGCAGAACCGGUCGCUGCCAGAGCGCAGGUACUGCGUAUGCUUACUUCACACCGAACAACGCGAGACAGGCGAAAGAGCUGAUCGCAGUGCUGGAGGAGGCCGGUCAAGCUAUAAACCCACAAUUGGCGGACAUGGCAAAUUCUAUGAGGAACCAAUACGGCAAGGGACGGCAACGGUGGAGCCACGUACGAGGAAAUAAAGAUACCACGUCUCAUGGAAGUCCUAGAAACAACAUCAGCCCGACGAUAAGCAACUGGCAGCAUAUGUUGCAGACGAACCAACAGCAUGGGCAUCACAAUCAGAUGAUUCAGGAGAAAAGCGUGGCACGUCAUCCUCGCAACAAUGGCUAUCAAACCAAUCGGCAGAACAAUUACCAACCACAGCAUUCCUAUCAGCAACAGCACCAGCAACGACAAUCCAUUACUGGCUACCAACCGAACAACUACCAACAAGCGGCUAACAACACAUGUCAACAACCCGUGCAUCAGGCUACCAGCGCACCCAGGUACCAAGGCAGAACUGGAUACCAGGGUAAUCGUUUCCAAAGUCGGCAAAACGGCUUCAGCGGCAAUCAGAACGGGCCCAAUGUCUACUCGAUGCCGCCGCCCUUCAUGAUGCCGUCCGGUGGACACGCGGACUCCGGGAUCCAGAAUCUCGUCAACAACAAGUUCUUCCAGACCAACCGACCGCCGCCCAACGCUGGUGCCUGUGCCUACCAAUCGAUGGGCUACGGCCAGUUUCAAGCAGUGCCGCCGUACGGUUACCCGUAUCCGCCCACACCGGUGCAGCAGUGACGCCUCCCACGAUGUAAGACCAUCGGGGUACGGGCUAAAUGAAAAGUAAGUAUGUCCCGCCUAUCGGGCUUUAUUUGGAUCGCUCUUGCAUUGGUUAGUGGAUCCAAUUUAUUGUAUUAUGAUAGACUGCCGAUAACGGUUAACUGACUCAUAAAGAUUGCAAAGUUUUACUUUAUAAUUUUUCUAUUAGUUACUCGCACACUUCAAUUACGUGCAAUCUCAAGAUUUUGCUUUGGGAAUUUUAACGCCUUCUAAAAAGAAAUUAACUUUGCUCAAAAAGAACGUGCAGGGUUUUUUUGCGACCAUUUUUCGAAAAAGAUCUGAUUAUAGAAAUAUGCUUUUUUUAUGAAAGUAGUCUUGAUUUUCAAUUUUUCGUCAACACCAACACUUUAACGUAUCGGCAGUCUAUCUAUACUAUUCUUAACGUAAUACUUGUUCUCAUUUUCUUUUUCAUUUAUUUUUUUCUGGAAUUGUGCCCGAUCGACAUACAAAAUAGUAUUUAUUUCGAGAUGUUAAUCACGACGGAGUUAUUAUCCAACAAGUCAUGUUUUCGAUAGAAAAAUUAGAUUUGUUGUUUAAAGCAAAUUAUUUAAUACUUAACAAUUUGAGUUCGAUUAACGCAAUAUUAGGACGCAUAAUAACUCGUGUAACUGCCAAAAAUUAAAGGCCAAAGGCCAAAACACUCAGAAAACUCAAGAGUAUCUCGGUCACACUUUGUCAUUUAUAAAUUUAAAUUAUUAAUUAUUAAAAGUACAAAUAUGCAAAAAAAAUGAAAACUAUUAAAUUUGAA